AUGGCACAAGCUCGGCAUCCACAGCAGCAGGCACCGCCGCCGCCGCCGCCGCCGCAGUUUUCCUCCCAACCUUUCUCCCCACCUGUCUCGUCGCCAUCCCCAAAUUCGGUAGCAUCCCCCGUGAACGGAGGCGUUGCACCCCCUCCAUCCAAGCGACCUCGCCUCUCACCUCUGCCGCCUUCUCAAACUCAAUCUCCUUACGGCUCUCCGAGCUUCAACGCGGUGCAGCUACCACAAAAUCCAUCUCCAAUGAACGGCACGCCGAUGAAUAUGAGCAUGAAUAUGAACAUGACGGCGACACCUGCCCCCGCUCCUCCCGGGACCAUGGGUCCUCCUUCUCGCCCAGUGGACAAAACAACAGAUGCUGCUGAGCUGACAGAUGUCCUAGCGUCAUCUGGAAUUGAUGUGAGGGAAGAGGAAGCAUUUCUCACACAGAGCUUUUCAGGGCAGAAUGCGCAGGCGCAGCCCCAUCGAGGACCACAGUCUCAAUACCCGCCACCUAUCAACACCUCCUUCACGUCUCAAGGCUCUACUCCGGGAACUCCCUCGGCUUCAGCCAGCUUCGGUGAUUUGCCUCAAAUCAAACCGGCGAUUACGCACGAUUCUUUCGCCGGCCCAUCCUCCCAGGCACAUGUUCCCUUCAAAGAUCCUAAUGAACCGACUCGCGAAGACACUAUCGCAGCAAGGCGAGCACAGUAUCACAUCCAAGAACCAUUCUUGAUCACAAAACUCCUCGAACAGAAGCUCCAGAAGCGAGGUUUUGACCUUGGUGUUCGAAUCCCCUCGGAGGGCCUUUUCCAUCCCGUACCUGGCCGACCACAGCCGAUUGAGGUUACUGGUCCGGAUGGCUCUUCUGUGGUGCGCACUGGUCAGACAAUUCUCAACCAGGAAGGUGCCCCUCUCGUGGACAUACUGAAUCUCCUAUCUAUUUCCACCGAAGAAAGAUUCAGGGGCGUCAUCGACUACGCGUCGACUCUUGCUCGAAGUCGCCGAGCACAUUCUCAUGGCGUGGUUCCCAAUGAGUGGAAAGAUGUCGCGAAGCCCCUUGGGCUGGCUACGGGGAGCACUCAAACCCCUGUGAAACGUCCUCAUGCUACAAUUGAAUCCUCCAGCACAAAGUCGAAUGCGGCAAGAUACAGAGCAUUCAUCCACCGGGAGAGUUCGCAAGAGGAAAGACGCGCGGCAAAGCGCGCUAAACGCAACAGCAAUGCCAUUCUUGAUGAGGCUGGUCGAGCCGAGUCUGUCGAUCCAACAGGAUCUGCACCCUCGACGCCCAUCGGCGAAAGAGCGCCUAGUCUUGACAAAAAGUCAAUCAGCAAAAAAGAAGCGAAGAAAAUGCAGGAUUCCAAAGCAACCGAAGCCCAACAGCAUGCACAGUCUGUGGAGACGGCCCGUAUGGCUUUGUCCGGUGGUGGCCGCAGUAUGUUCGGCGCCAAAAAGUCAUACUCAUGGUUGAAGCCCGGCGGUAAAUCUAGUGGAUUCUCGUCUCCUUCGCGUCCAACUCCUUCCACACCCACCGCCGGUCCUGAAAAGUCUGGUCCCGGUGAAUCCACACCCAGUCAGACUCAGCGUCGCCUAGGAAUAUGGCGUGAGGAUCAAGAGAAGGGAGUGGGUAUUCAGGUUAGAGAUGUUUUGUUCAUGCUGGAGGCGGAUGGACGAGCGACCCGACAUGUGCAGAGGGGCUACCUGAAGGACCCCAAAGAGGAUCGGGAUCGAAUCUGA